AUGCUUCCCACUGGUGCUUGUCCACCUGGUUCUCGACUCCAGAAUGUCAGAACCCAACAAAAACGUCGACGAAAGAUCUGGUCAUGCAACGAGUGUCGUCGAAGAAAGAUCCAAUGUGAUCGACUGUUUCCGGUCUGCGGUAGAUGCUCCAAGUCUGGUAGAGCAGUUUGUUGUGUCUACAUUGAUGGUGUCCCGACACCUCCGGUAGCUGGGCCCAGCCAGCCUCGCGACACCGACGAGUCGGUUCAUGGACGAUGCGGUGACCCUGGUGAAUCUUCGUCCGUACAGGGGGGCCCGUCAAAUUUGGAAAACCUAGCUGAACGUGUACAUCGUGUGGAAUCUUCUCUGUCCCAGAUCAAGACCGCACUCGCCCAACCCAACCGUCCUUCCGCGACACUGGAAUCCGGCAAUGAAUCAGAUAUAGAUGCCAUGACUGCGCCUUCCGCUGACAAAAGUUGGGUUUCACAGCUGAGAGGCAGAGGUUUUGCGACUAAAUUCAAUGGUAGCAGUCACACCAGUGUGGUGCUUAAACAAGUGCCUGGCCUUCAUCAGUUCACCGUGGAAGCUUUCGAUAAAUUCCCAGCCAUAGACCAAAUCCGUCGUGCCAUACAUAAGUCGGAAACGUGGAGCGAUACAGCCAGACUUGGGACUCCUGAAGAAUUACGUGGACUACUUCCGCCGAGAGCAGAGACAGAUGCGCUGGUCGAUGCGUAUCUGGAGAGUUUCGAGUUGGUCUAUCACAUAUUGUAUCUUCCCGGGUUUAGAAGAGAUUACGACGAACUAUGGAGAACUGGAAGCAAUCAGGAGCAGCAAUUCGUUGCUGUCGUCUUACUCAUUGUUGCAAGUGCACUGUGUUUGACGUCAACUGGGUCUAAGGACAUAGCUUGUGAACGCCCGUCAGCCCGCGACAGAGCUACAAUAAUUAUCCAGGCUUGUGAAAAUUGGUUCCAAUCAAGGCCCCUGCGAUAUAACCGGUUGCUUGACUUUCAGGCCUCCUUUCUGCUGUUGUUGGCACGCCAGCUGAACGGGCGAAGAUACAAGCAAACCUGGCCGAAUGCAGGGAAGCUUGUUCGGAUUUUUAUGGGUGUUGGUCUGCAUCGUGAGAGCACAAAUCUGACAGGGGAGAUAUCAAGUCUGGAUAGGGAGUUGCGCCGACGGAUAUGGGCUGCCGCCGCCGAGUUCGAAUUGCAGGCAUCUUUUGAACAGGGAAUGGCGCCAAUUCCUUGGGUGCAGCAGUCAGACAUCCACCCGCCAAAGAAUGUUCCCGAUGAUGUUUUCGAUGGCUCGGCUGAUUCAUUAAAGGCAUCCCAUACGCUCAAUCCGUCGUGGUACCUGUCUGUAUCAACAAAGAGCCUCUAUUUGCGCCACUCGCUUACCAAUGUGUUAAAUGACAUCCAUGCUGCGGUCACCUUCUCGGAUACCAAGGGGUUCACGGAGAAAAUCAUGGCUCAUUUAUCUGCGGUACCUCCAUGCAGCACACUUAAAACCAAGCCCAUAUCGGCCUUGCUCUACAUCAAUCUGCAGCAAUACCAGUUAGCACUCCAUUUGAGACAAACGUCCCUGUCAGACUCUUCGAUAGAGAGAGAUUUCUCCCUCAUGAUAAUGUGGAAUACUGCUACGGAAAUCAUCAAGAUCCAUCGAGCCGUGUUUGACAAUGGAAAUAACCUACUAGAGCUGCUCUGCGGGGAUCAGUUCAGAGCUGCUUUGUCGAUCUGUUAUGUCUACAUAACAUACCAUGCGACGAAAAAUGUCACCUCUCUGAGCCUGCCAGAACACGAUUUCUUUCUUUUCAUGAAGGAUGCAGUGAAACUGAUACAAAACAAGGCACUUCGCUUCAGCGGUGAUCAGAGACAGCUGUGGAUUGCUGUGGCAUCUCAUUAUUUCAUGAAACUUUUCAAAGAACCACACAAGAGGGAGUAUUUCUUGAAAUUGGCAGUUGAAGAGUUCGUUGCACCGUUCUGUAACGAAAGCAAUCCCUCGUUGGAGCCUGCCGAUAAGACAACCAUUUCGGAGAGUACUCCCGCUACGGUUGCAGCUUCCAUGAUGCCAUCUCUCGAUGACUCGACCGUCGGACAGACUAUCUUCGAUGAUGCAGUUGAUUGGAGUUGCUGGGAAAUAGGUCUUUUAAACACCCAAGAUUUCACGGAUACUUUCUUUGAUUUUGAUUGACCCCGUCCAUAAAACUUGGAGCACGCGGUUUAGGUUGAUUUGUGAACGAUGGGAUUAAUGGGGCCAUUGGUCCAUCCGUUUCCCCUCACGGAACAAACGCUGAUUUUGUGGCGUCCAACGACUCGCACUAACGAACAGGCUUAUGAAAGAGACAGUCCUUAGGGAAGCUCUUUACUAUGGCAAUGUCUUCUGCCUCUCGGGCUGGAACGAAACCAUACCAUAUUGGGAUACCCGAAG